UGCAUUUUUAAGACCUAAACUGGGGAAACAAUAUGAAGCUUCCUGUGUGUCUUUUGAAAGAGUUUUAGUAGAGAACAAGCUGCAUGGCCUUUCUCCAGCUCUCUCUGAAGCCAUCCAGAGCAUUUCUCGCUGGGAACUUGUCCAAGCUGCGCUCCCACAUGUGCUGCACUGCACCGCAACAUUGCUCUCCAACCGAAACAAGCUAGGACAUCAGGAUAAGCUUGGAGUAGCUGAAACAAAGCUUCUUCACACUCUUCACUGGAUGCUGCUGGAGGCCCCUCAGGACUGCAGCAAUGACCGAUUUGGAGGAGACAGAGGCUCUAGUUGGGGAGGGAGCAGUAGCGCCUUUAUCCACCAAGCUGAAAAUCAGGGAUCACCAGGACAUCCCCGGCCCAGUGCCGUGAAUGAUGAUGAGGAGAAUAACAGAAGGAAGUUCUUCCAGAACUCCAUGGCCACAGUGGAGCUCUUUGUGUUCCUUUUUGCUCCCCUUGUCCACAGGAUUAAAGAGUCUGACCUGACGUUUCGGUUGGCUAGUGGCCUUGUUAUUUGGCAGCCUAUGUGGGAACACAGGCAGCCUGAAGUUUCUGCCUUCAACGCCCUUGUAAAACCAAUCAGGAACAUCGUUACAGCUAAGAGAAGUUCUCCCACCAACAAUCAGAGCGUGACUUGUGAAUCCCCUAAUCUGGACAGUGGACAUACCGAG